AUGACACUUGCGGAUCUCUCGCCCCUGGAGAACCCAAACAUUUCAUUCGUGGUGUUGCUCUCCAUGUUCUCCAUGUCCAUUGCGCUUGUGGUUUGGGGCCGCAAUGCCAUGGCGUGCGGGGGCCAAGAGAGUGAACUGAGUGAACAGAUCUACGGAGCCAGCGCGACGUUCUCCUUUGGCUUUCGGGUUUUUGGCCUUUGCAGCUGGGACUCAGCCAUGCUGGCGGCACCUGCUUUCCUUGGCCCCUUGGUGCAGGCUCCACUGCAGGCGCCAGAAGCUGUGACUCAGCUUUCCAACGCCCCUGAGAUUGCCACCAACUUGGCCUUGGCAGAUCUGUCGCCAUUGGAAAACCCAAACAUCAGCUUCGUGGUUUUGCUCUCCAUGUUCUCGAUGUCCAUCGCACUGGUCGCAAUGCCUGCGUGCGAGCUGUACCAGGACGUUUUGGAAGAUGAGCACGACUGGGAUGAAGCAGCCAGGCGUGUAGAGGAUGGCGACGCAAUGGUUAGUGGACCGCAACGCUCUCUGUGCGACAGCUGCCGCAGCGAGCCCAGCCGACCUCUUCACCGAUAUGCUCGGCUGCCCCGGUACCAGACCUUCCUCAUGUGCAGCUCAGCCAAGGAGUGCAGCCGCUGCGAGGAAGACAUUCUGCCUGGCGAUAUGCAUUUCAUUUGCUCGUCGUGCUCAGAGAUCCACAUUUGUAAGGACUGUCUAGGCAAGUUGUGA